AGCUCACAUCGCUGUUUUCCCGACUCCACUAUCCACAACCUGCACCAUGAGCUGGGGCUCCUCAGCAGGACCAGUCCCAGCCCUGGCCAUUCUCCUGAGCUGCCUUUUCUCAGGAACACUCACCCAGACCCCAGGGCCCUUCCAGGACAGCACCGUGGCCCUGGAGCUGCCGGGCCAGGAGCAUCCCCACAGCCUGGUUCAGCCUGGCUUCCUCCAGGGCGUGCCAGUGUCCAACGUGUCCGAGGUGUCCCCCUCGGAGCCGCCCCUGCUGCCCGUGUGUGCCCGGCCCGCCGACAUCCGCCACGCCUUCAAAUACAUCAACACCAUCGUGUCCUGCUCCAUCUUCGUGGUGGGCAUCAUCGGAAACUCCACGCUGCUGCGCAUCAUCUACAAGAACAAGUGCAUGAGGAACGGCCCCAACGUGCUCAUCGCCAGCCUGGCCCUGGGCGACCUGCUCUACAUCCUCAUCGCCCUGCCCAUCAACGUCUACAAGCUCCUGGCCAAGGACUGGCCCUUCGGAGUGCAGGUCUGCAAGCUGGUGCCCUUCAUCCAGAAAGCCUCCGUGGGCAUCACGGUGCUCAGCCUGUGUGCCCUCAGCAUCGACAGGUACCGAGCAGUGGCGUCCUGGAGCCGGAUCCAGGGCAUUGGGAUCCCCAUGUGGAAGGCUGUGGAGGUGCUGCUCAUCUGGGCCGUGGCCGUGGUGCUGGCAGUGCCCGAGGCCAUCGCCUUCGACAUGGUGGAGCUGAGCUACUGGGAGCAGCACCUGUGGGUGUGCAUGCUGGCCUCGGAGCAGAAAUCCCGCUUCAUGAGGUUCUAUCGGGAUGUGAAGGACUGGUGGCUUUUUGGGUUCUAUUUCUGCCUGCCCUUGGUGUGCACGGGCAUCUUCUACACCCUCAUGUCCUGCGAGAUGCUGAGCAAGAGGAACGGGAUGAGGAUCGCCCUCAACGACCACAUGAAACGGCGCAGGGAGGUGGCCAAGACCGUGUUCUGCCUGGUGGUGAUCUUCGCUCUCUGCUGGCUGCCCCUGCACCUCAGCCGCAUCCUCAAGAAAACCAUCUACGACCAGACCGACCCCAACCGCUGUGAGCUGCUCAGUUUCCUGCUGGUGAUGGAUUAUUUUGGGAUCAACAUGGCCUCCCUCAACUCCUGCAUCAACCCCGUGGCUCUGUACUUUGUCAGCCGGAAAUUCAAGAACUGCUUCCAGUCCUGCCUGUGCUGCUGGUGCCAGAGGCCGGCCCUGAGCAUCACCCCCACGGAUGAGAAGGGAUCUGUUGGGAAGUGGAAAGCCACGGGGCAGGAGCUGGGGCUGGACAGGAGCAGCUCCCGCCUGAGCAACAAGUACAGCUCAUCCUAAGGGCCUGAGCCUGCCCAGGACGAGGCCCAAGGACAGCAGGGACCCCUCCAAUCCUCUCCCAGGCUCUUCCUGGCUGGGCCUGAAUCAGCUUUGCCCUCGUGUCCAACCCAGCUGGAAGGAGCUGGAGCAUUGCCCAGGGACCAGCCCCAAACCCAGCCCCUGACCCCAGGUCACCUCUGCAGGAGAGAGGGAAGGGGAUUCACAUCCUCACAGGAUUCUUCAUUUCCUGGCAGGAAAACCAAGGGAUUUGUGACCAUUUGCCUGGGGGUGGUGGAACGUGGGAAGCGUGUGGGAAGGGAAGGAAGGUUGGGGUGCUCACUCUGGGAUGGAUGUGGGGUGAGGAGCAGAGGGAGACAGACACAAUUCCCAGCUGGGAAAGCCAAGCCAAGCUUGGAGAAAUCCCUGUGGGGGACAGAGAUGUCCUUGUGGUCGUGUGGAGGUGGGAAAGGCAGUGGGGAAGGUCCAGCCUCAGUUGGAAGAGCCAGUAGAACCAACUAAAAUAUGGAAAAGGCAUCUCUCU